AUGCUUAUCAUAUUACUUUUUCAACUACGAAAACUGAGCCAAGGAAUAGCUCUUCAUGACGCAGUCAAGAAAAAUCAAACAGAUAUUGUAUUAGAUCUUAUUUCAAAUGGAGUUGAAAUUGAUGGACAUUCACUUAAUAUUGCCAUCUCUUCAAAUAAUACUAAUAUGGUGGAUUUACUUGUUACGCAUGGAGCUGACGCCAAAUACAUAGAUAAAAAUCAACAACUUUCAAUGAUUCAUAUUGCAUGCAUGCUUAAUAAUAUUAAAGCUGUUGAUAUUCUAAUUUCACAUGGUGCAAAUGUAAAUGAUCAAAAUAGCCUUUAUCGUUAUUCGCCCCUUAUAUUUGCAUCUAUGUUUAAUUAUAAAGAAAUUGCUGAACUUCUUAUUUCACAUGGUGCAAAUGUCAACUUGGGAGAUUUUCGUGGAAAUACUCCUAUUCAUCAUAUCUUGUUCUUUGGUGAUGAAACUAUCAUGGAAGCUAUUGUUAAUAGUUAUUCUCAAAUAUUUAAUGAAGAUUUUAUAAAUUCUUUUGAUAUUCAUAAAAAAAAACAAUGA